AUGGAAAAAGCAGGAGCUGGUGGAAGGCCAAAGGCAGUUGACAUGUGGGAACACGUCACGCAAGUGCUAAUCGCAUCAAAGCCCAUAUUAAUCAGAUCAAGGGUCAGGGAAUUCGACUGUGUCCUGGUUCUCCUCAGCCUAACAAUACCAAUUCCAACAAAGUCACCAGUGAUCUCAACGAGAAAGAGGACUUCCUUCUUGUCAUUGAUGACUUUUUUCCGCAAGAAGACCUCCUUCAUCCACAAGAAUAAAGCGCUCCAAAGUGAUGUAAGUUCCUUCCUUAAGUUUGUUGAACGGCAUAACAUGAGAGAAAACUACAUGUUUGACUUGAAAUAUUGUGAGAAGAUAUUUAUUCCUGUUCAUGUUGAAAAAAAUCGAUGUGGACAUUUUUAUUUAUACAUUAUUCAUGUGGAGGAUCAAGUUGUUGAAAUAUGGGAUUCUCUUCGCGAUCAAUUUAUGGAUAAAACUGAACGUGAACAAAUAACAAAAAAAAUACUGCUUGUCAUGGAGACACUCUUCGAAGAUGUUAUGUCCACAAAAUUUCACUGGAGAAUGGCAAGCAAUAUCCAAUCACAGUCUAAUGGAUACGAUUGUGGUGUAUUUGUUAUCAAAUAUAUGCAACAAUUAGAUAAUUAUGUGAGGCAAAAUCCUUCAUUUCAGUUUGACAGUAAUAAAGAAAGAUUGGAUUUGGCUUUAGAGUUGCUCAACAGUGACUUCAACCAAGAAAGAGAAAUACUAUCUCAUAAAGCAACAGGAAGCUAUGCGCAAGUCCACAGUGAAGAAGAUAUAGAUUCAUGUGGAAUUAAAAGAAAGCAGGUUGAUACAUGCAAAACAAUAUUUGGUGGUGGAAAAGGGGCAUAUGUGGAAUUGGAUGAUUUCAAUGACAGAGUCAAGAGAAAAAAUGUUAGCUCGAAGACAGGAUGUGUUUAUGUAUUGCCGACAACCGAGUUAGUGGGAAGAUGUUUUAAAUGGUAUAGUCAACGAAUAUGGAAAUGGAUAAUGGGAGAUGAGGUGUCAACAAUUGGGAUAUGGGGAAUGGGAGGGGCAGGGAAAACAUUUCUAGCAACUCAUGUGCAUAACAAGCUUUUAGAAGAAGCCGGUGAUGACUUUGACCAGGUUAUUUGGGUUACUGCAUCACAAUAUGGUAGCAUUUAUGAGUUACAAAAGGCCAUUGCAAGAUCAAUUAAUUUGGACAUAUCUGAUGAGUGUGAUGUGAAAAGAAUAUCUGGAAAAUUGUUGCAAGCAUCCAACCAUAUAAAUAGGUGUGUCCUAAUUUUAGACAAUAUUCGGGAUCCUAUCCUUUUAGGAGAAGAAGUUGGAUUUCCUGUUUCAAAUGAUAGGAUUAAAUUGAUUUUGACAACUCGUUCAUGGGAGGUGUGCCAGAGUAUGAAUUGUAUGGAGAACAUAAUAGAAGUAAAACCUCUAGAUGAUGAAUUUGGAGAAGAUUGGGAAUUGUUUGAAAAGACUCUUGGAAUCCAUCAAAUGCAAUCUAGUGGAGUGGAGUCUAUAGCAAGGACCUUGGUAGAACAAUGUGGGGGUUUGCCCCUUGCUAUUGUUACGAUAGCGAGAAGCAUGAAGGGAAAAAAAACAAUAUAGAGAAUGGAAUCAUAUGUUGGAAUGCCUUCAAAACUUGCGCAAUGGGCAACUUGAUAUGGAGAAGUGGAUAUUCCCGGUGUUGAAAUCUAGUUAUGCUUGCUUAAAUAAUAAAUUGUUGCAAAGUUUUUUUCUGUAUGCUGCAUUAAGUGCUGAAUAUUAUAAUGAAGAAGAUAUUUGGUGUUUGAUCAAAAGAUUUUUCAUUGAGGGAUCCACAGAUGAGACAAAGAGCUUGGAGAUGCAAUAUAAUGAAGGUUACACCCUAUUGGAUAAAUUAAAGAAUGACAGUUUGGUUAUUAAAGGGGGGGGUCAAUGGAGAAUCCAUCCUUUGCUAAGGGGCAUGGCUAUUAAUAUUGCAAAGGCGACUGAGGAAAUUAUAGCAAAAUCUGAUAUGAAUUGCAUAGAAAUACCGGAGAAUAGCGAAUGGCAUGAAAAUCUACAAAAAGUUUUUUGAGAGGAACUGGAAUACAAAAAAUUGUAGAUGGCACAUCUCCUAAAUGCUCUAAACUUUCCACAUUGCUUUUAGAUAAUAAUGAUUAUCUCGAAUGGAUCCCAGAUAAUUUUUUUAACAACAUGCCUGCUCUUAAAGUACUCGAUUUGUCUAGGACUAGCAUUAAGCGUUUGCCUGAAUCUGUCUCUAACUUGAAAUGCCUCAUCACAUUACUUUUGAGAUGUAAGAAAUUGAGUUACAUGCCUUCAUUAGAAAAAUUGCAACGGCUAAUGUGGUUGGACCUUUCAAAUACUGCCAUUAUUGAAUCACCUUAUGGCUUGGAAUUGUUGAUCAAUCUUAGAUAUCUUAAUCUAGCAGGUACAGUACAGUUGAAAAUGUCAUCAUCAGUGAUAACCAAUAUGACCGAUCUGCAGUCUCUUAGGUUGAACUGUAUCCCAAAAUCAAUGGAUGGGAGUGCACAUGUUCUACAAUGUUUGGGAAAGUUAGAAUAUAUGACAGCCAACUUUUAUGACAUUGAAGAGUUUAAUUCCGAUGUUCAGAGUUUACAGGUCAAAGAUCGCGCCCUCAAAGGUUAUUAUUUAAGUUUAGCUACAUCAUAUGAUGGUUAUCUUUUAUUUUAUCCUGAACAUGAGGUCCAUUCCUUAAAAUGGGUUGUCUUUGGUGGUAUUGAUUUGGAAAACCGAGCAGAGUUAUAUCUUCCAGAAGACAUAAAGGAGUUGAUGAUUACACAUGCACAUCACCAUUGGACAGGAACAACAUGUCUAUGUCAGACUUUGUCAUUCCCUAAGCUAGUCAAAAUUGAAUAUUUGAGGAUGCAUGAAUGUGAUAAGCUUGAGAACUUGUGUUGUGGCUCUCCCACUUGCCCAUUUUGGUGCAGUGUCCAAUUUAUGCAAACAUUGAGGCUCACAUGUUUGAAAGACUUGAAACAAAUAGCGGCAUCAUUUGCUCCAUUUUCUCACCUCCGAAAGCUCAAAAUGCAUCAUUGUGGCAGCAUGAGGAUUCUGAUGAUGUGGGGAUUAUUUGCACAGCUCCAAAACCUAGAGGCCAUUCAUGUAAGCGGUUGUGAUUCAAUGGAAGAAAUAGUUGGAGACGAUUGUAGCGGUGAAACUAUUCCCCCUACCACCAUCACCCUCCCCAAACUGAGACUUGUGGUCUUGGAGCAGCUUCCAAAAUUAAAGUCCGUAUUCAGAGGAACCCUACUCUGUCCUUCUCUCAAAUCUUUUAGAGCCAUCUAUUGUGAGAAACUAAUUAGCCAACCUCUGAUAGAGAUUGCAAAAGGAAAUGCGCUUCAGAUGGAGAAGAAGGAACUCUUGAAUGGAUACGGUUGGCAAAAAGAGAACUGAGUCUGAAUCUGAAUGACGAAAUUCUGGGGAAAAAAAAAAAAAUCAUGAGUACUUGAUGACAAGGAUAGGAUUGAGGAUUGAUCAGCUUCUGUGGAAUUUGGAAAUGUCUUUUGGAGGGGAAAAGAAAAAAACAGAAAGAUAAGGUUAGCAGCCUUAAACUGGAUUACCAUUGUUGUAAUUAUUAGAGAGUUAAAAUAACAUUUUUGCUUGCCAAGUAUUCCUUUUGGAGUGCCAUAGUUGUAAGCUGCAUUUAAAGAUUAUAUGCAUAUCGUAUUAUCACAAUGAAAACAUUUAUAUCCUGGUGUUGGAGUUCAUGCA